AUGGCCUCCAUGCUCCGCAAGCAGACCCUCUGCCUCCUCUUCUCCUCUACCCUGGCCUUCUCGCCUUCUCCCUCCUUCUUGUGGAAGGCCCCAGCUCUCCAGCGAGCGAGCCUUUCUCUCAGAAGCCCGAGAUUGUUCUCGACGACAAGCAUGCAAAUGGACAAGAUCAAUGACAAGAAGCUCUUCGUGUCCGGCAUCCCCUUCGCUCUCAGCAGCGAAGAUCUUCGGGAGACGUUUGAAAAGUUUGGGCCCGUGGAGGACUCGUACGUAGUCAAGGAUCGUGAGACUGGCCGGUCAAGAGGCUUUGCGUUCAUCACCUUCUCCUCCAAGGAGGCUGCCUCGCAAGCCUGCAGCGCGUUGAAUGAAUCAGAUCUUGGAGGAAGGACCGUUAAGGUUUCCUUUGCCAAGGACAGGGAUGAUCAGCCUAGGGGAAAGCAGGACCGUCCUCGCAGAACCUUCAAGCCUCGUGGCUCCAACAACGACGAGUGA